AUGUGGGACUACAUGUGCAAUGAUAAACGAGAAACGAGCAUUGUCAUUGUCAUUUCGCCCUUGAAUGCACUUAUUGAGGACCAAGUCAAUAGUUUGAAGGAAAGAGGAAUUAAGGCUGGUGUGCUACGUACAUCUCGUGCAGAAAAAAUUAAUGCCGCUAAUUCUCAGAAUGACGACAGUGGGUCAGAGGAUGAAAAUGAAGUUUCUGUGGUAUCGGAAAAAAAGCCCAACUACUGUAUCAGCGAGCCUGAACUAUUCAAAUGUGUCCAGGAAGGAGAAUUUAAGCUUUUAUUUACUCAUCCAGAGGCUUUUAUAUCGUGUAAAGAUGGUAGAAAAGUCCUUCAGUCAGAUUUAUACCAAAAUCGCGUCGCAUUUUGUGUCAUUGACGAAGCUCACCUGAUAAAGGAAUGGGGCUCAGAGUUCCGCCCUGAUUUUGGAAAGUUAGCCCAACUUGGGUCACUGUUUCCGACCGCACCUAUUCUGGCGUUAACGGCUACUGCCCCCAAAGAACUUGUAAAAUAUCUGAAAGUGAAUCUUCAACUCAGGAAUCCGAUGGUACUCGUGGGAAAUUUAGACAGAAGUAACAUUUUUAUUUGUAAAGAAAAGAGAAGGCCCUCAUCAUUUGGAGUAGACAGUUACAACGACAUUUUGGUACCCAUUGCUGAGGAACUAAGGAUAAAAUUAAUCAACUACCCCCUUACCAUCAUCUACUUGCCCUUGAAAUGGUGCGGGUAUGCUUUCAAGUUAUUUCUUACCGUGCUCGGUGAGCAGAGUUUCUAUCCGAUAAGCGUGGACAAAAAACCCGAAAACUGCCUGUUUGCGCAGUACCAUGCGCCACAGACAGACCUAAUGAAAGAUGAAAUUCUUAAGCAGCUAACCGCGACGGAAGUUUGCAAAAUUCGUGUUGUCUUUGCCACAGUAGCAAUUGGAAUUGGUGUAAACAUUCCUAAAGUAAGACAUGUUAUUCAUUUAGAUGUUCCUCGGACUGUAGAGUCAUACUACCAAGAAAUUGGACGAGCGGGUCGGGACAACCAACCUGCCAGAGCAACACUCUAUUACAAUGGUAGUGACAUAGCUUCCAACAAACCUGGGAUGACGGACGAAAUGCGGACCUAUUGCAAGCUUACCAACAGCUGUUUGAGGGAUUAUGUUCUAACUUACUUAGGUUCAACACGUUCAAGUCGCCAACCAAUUGAUGGUUUUCACGGUGACGUCAUCAGAUUGCAAAGUCAAAAAAGCGAGGUUUUACGAAUUCUUAUUUACACUAGGUUGAAGAUUGAUAGGAAAUACAUCUUUGUACAAGUUUCCAGCCCCGAAGCAUGUUUCAUUUCGAAAAUACAGCAGUUUGAACUUCCGAGUUUUCACAGUGCGUGACACCAAAAGAGGAAUGCUAUCUCCUUGAAAAAAGUCUCUCCGCUUGAUUUUCAGCAGUUUAACCAUUUCAAGUAUUAGAAGAUAUGUUUAUGCGCAAGUAUGCUAGUUCUCGAGUGAAAAGGAAGAGCUUUUAUAGAAAAAGUGAACUCCAGAUGUUUUUGUUGAUUUCCGGCGGCCAUAUUGGUGGACAGUUUCUGUCCACCAGUAUGGCGUCUCCAUACAAAGCUCUACAAAGGUGCGUGAAAUGUUUCGGCAACUAACUCAGAAACUGUGGGCCACAAAGACCUGAGAUUUGGACAAAUUGUUUACAUAUUAGUCUUUUAUAACAUUUCAUUUUCUUGGCUUCUUUCACUGGACGGUUUCAGAUGUAUUUUUUUGUGUCGUGUUUAUUGCGUGACAGUGAAAACGAAGAAUACCCGGGCAACUUUGUUGUUCCAAUUGCAGUAACAGCGAGCAACAGCACCCUAAAGAAGCACAUGUCACCCAUCUUAAGAAGUCCCCUGAGCAAGAUCAAGACGCUGUGAGAAGGGUAUCUGAGGAGGAGCGAAAAGAGAUCCGUAAGCAUUUAUUAAAAUAUCGCCUCCACCUUGGCGCAAACCGCAGGAGGUUUGGUGAUAUUGAUUCGUGCACUGGUUUCACAGUUAAACUCAUUGACAAUGUUGUCUCAAAGUGCGAAUUUUUAUCCUCAACAGAAGAAAUUUUUUCCUCUUUUCAGAUAUGGGAGAGAUCACACGCAGAGGUCGUUUUGCAAGUGAUAAAAAGCGUGUGUGACGAGUCUUAG